AUGCAGAAACUAAUCCUUUCAGCUCUUUUUGUAGCUCUCGUAGCAGCUGACUGCAACAUGAGAUGUCCAGAUGGAUAUAUGUCAUUCAAAAGAACUCCAACCCCCAAGAACUCGAUGACUGGGAUGUGACGUGUUAAGGCAAUUUUGUCUGAUACUCUCAUCUCUCCAAAUCAAGCCAAAAAAGUUUGUGAGAAAGAUGGAUCAAUCCUGACAUCAUUUGAAAAUUUUGAUGAGCGUACCAAACUUUCCACUGUUCUUCGUGAUUUCCUUACUGCAAAGAAAUUGGAUCGUGGAUCAAUGAUUGUCGAUGGACAUCGUUUGAAGAACUGCGAGACUACAGAUAAAACCGUUUUGGCUACUGUAGAAUGCAGGAAUUCAUCAUCUGGUUUCACUACUGAUGAGAAGCAUACUGAUAAUACUUUCAUGUGGAAAAGCUGGUCUGCAACUGAACCAGGACAGACCAUCUUUGAAAAAAGCAUUGAAUCUUGCCUUCAACUCUCAAUUUCUCAAUUCCCUGCUCGCAGUGAGCUGAUCAAUGACGUCUUCUGCAACUAUGUAAAGCAUCCAGAAAAUGAAGGUGCAUCCGAUCUCUGGAACUAUGGAGCUGUCUGUGGACGUUUCCCAGAAUGGAUCUAA